AAAAAGAAAAGAAUAAAAAAAAGAUAGAAUAGUUUAUUGCCACUUCCUUCUCUCUCUCAACAGAACCCUAUUGACUAAAAACUUCUAUCACCCGCAGCUUCAACGGCUAGUGGGUACCCCCAUUUUCUGCUUAAAAUGCAAGCAGCAAGCCAACAAUCAUGGAAGAUCAGCAUUAAUGCCAGAGCUAAGAAAUUCCAUUUCAAGUUCAAAGCCACAACAAUUGAUCCCACUUGGAAAUUCUUCAAAUUAUCGCUCUUUCUCAGGCUCCACGAAUUUCUUCUACAAGUGAAGACUGAUUCAACUCCUAGGCAACCACCAACCCCUCUGAAAUCUAAAUUCCUCAAAAUUUUCCGGAGAUUCAAUGCUCGAUCAGCGAAGAAACGUGCAGUUGGCGCUGAGAAAACCUCGAUUCUCCAAAACCCAGAAAGCAAAAUUCCUGCAGAUCCACUCAGAAGGUCCACAAAUGAGGAGCCAAUCUGUAUUGGAUCAUUGUUCGUGGGGAGUCUUGCAUUGUUAUCAAAAUCAAUAUCUGAGAAGGAUGAAAAAGGAACAACCAUCCAUGGUUUAUUUAUAAUGUCGUUUCUGGCUUUAUUUUUCAAGAAAUAUGUAACUGGAAAGGCCAAGGCUUUGCUGCUGUUCUUAACAAUUGUACUGGUUGUUUCUGCUGCGAAGUUCCCUCUAGACAAAUAUAUUUAUUACAAGAGUAAAGAUUGUGCGUUUCAACUUGUUUGGAAGGCAUGGAACUAUGCUGCCUCUUCUGGGUGCUUGUACGUGCUCUCUCAGGUAAUCUUCUCAAGGUUUUGCCAAUUUGUUGGUGUCAAUUCUGGAACCAAGUAGUUUGGGUAUUUAUCCAAUGAAUGGUAGGGAAGUUACUGUAAAAAGUUGUAUUGCUGAUGACCUCGAAUAAAAUUUGUUUGGUUUGCUCCCAAUUAGAAAUGGAAUCAUGAUUCCUCAAUUAAAUGGGUGUAUUAUUUUUAUUUUUUAUUCAGAAUAUGAGAAUUGCUUCUGUCA